CUGAGUGCUGAGCAACCCUCUGCACUGUGAGGCAGCAAGAGCAAGAGUGAGGCGGAAGAAAAGGUGGAGUGAAGACAAGCAUGAUAUUUUAGAAAACGCCGCUACAAGUUAAAGGAACGGAAAACUUUUAAAAAGAGUCUUUCUCCUUGGAGCUGCUGAUUUCUUUAUUCCAUGAGUGCUGCAAGUGUGCUCAGGUCUUUCAGUCCAUCUGCAAUGCCUGGUCCAGUAAUGCCGAUGGACGUGGCUAUGAGAUUCUACAUCAGCCACUCUCCGCCUCCUCUCCGAGGUUUCCUCAGCUCCUACGAGGAGAUUCAGAGGACCAAGAAUCGGGUCAACCAGUCCAACGCCCACAGCCAAAACCAGAAGCGCUACAAACCACUGCGACCAUGUCUCAGCAACCUGCAGAAAGCCGUGGAUGACGGCGGCUGCGUGGGCUGGAACAACAGCAAGGCCGACAAGAAGAAGGUGGUGUUCGCAGACACCAAGGGCAUGUCACUAACCGCCAUCCAUGUCUUCUCCAAGUUUGACGAUGAGCCAUAUCAGAACAAGCGCUGUGGGGGAAUCGGCGAGUAUCUGCAGUUUGACAUGACGGACCUGGAAACAGCCACAAUGGAGCUUAAGAUCAACUCGAUGCGAAGCCUGGUACUGGACUUUAAACAGCCAUCAGCCGACUACUUGGAUUUCCGAAAUCGCCUGAUUCAGAACUCUGUUUGUUUGGAGAACUGCUCGCUGCAGGAGCGCUCAUUGACCGGCACCAUCAAGGUGCGGAACAUGGGGUUUGAGAAGUCGGUGCAGCUGCGGGCCACCUUCGACUCGUGGGCCAGCUUCACUGACGUUGAGUGCACCUUCAUGAACAACGUCUACAGCUGCCAGGAUUCUGACACCUUUGCAUUCGUCCUUGAGCUGCCCAGCAACAUCCCACCACAGAAUCGUGUCGAGUUCUGCAUCUGCUUCAAAUCCCAGGGUCAGAUCUUCUGGGACAAUAACGACGGCAAGAACUACGUUCUCAAGCAUGUUGGCUGUAACGGAGAGGACUUGAACAUUCACAUGCCCCAUACUUCUGUCGAAGAGAGGAAGGGGUUAGAGCACAAAAACGGGGGUGUAAAGGUACUGGAGGUGGAAUUUGAUCAGUUUGGCAGCCCACGCAUGUCCAGCGGACUCUUUCCUGGCUGGCAGAGCUGGGGUCAGAUUGAUAACCCCGUGCCUUAUUGGUGAAAACAUCAGAAUGUUUGCUAAAUGGCAUUGGAAACCAGCUGUGGGUUUGAGCAUAGAUAUGCUCUCAGCCAGGAACGAAACUGAAGCAAACAAACCUCUGCUUUUUUAGCAGCGGAAGUGUACAAACCAGACAGAUACCUAACUGUAAUGUGCUCAACUGACCUGCUUCCUGCUGUAACAUGGUCAUUUGGCCUGAGAGACCUAAUGAAAUGUGGUUGUAGGACAAGUAAAUGGGGAAAAAUCUGUCACUUUUCACAUACUGCUCUUUUGCAUAAUAUUAAUGUGCCUUCUCAGAGUGCCUUCCCACUAAAAUAGCGACAAUUUGUACAGCCCCACUACAAAUGUUAAGCCCCUUCGGAGGGCCUGAUGUAAUGGUUAAAUAUGCACUGAUUGAGAUGUCCCUCUCAAUGUGAUGCUUGUCAAUUGAAGAAGUUGAAAUGGAGCUGAUUAAUCCUUCAUAUUGAAGGGAAAGUACGGGGAGUGCAUGGCGAUUAAAUGCUUCUCUACUAAAAUAAACACAAUUGAUUCAUUGUUUAAUGAAACAUGCACACUAAACUUUUGCACCUUGAAAUGAAAAACAAUCAAAUAUGAUUCAAAAGGCCUUCAGUUUUAAAUUUUGAGUCAUGCAACCCUUUCUUUCCCUCCAUGUAAAUUGCACGUUCGGUGAAAAAUGUUUGAAAUAUGUAAUAUUGAGGUUUGUUGAGGAACUGAGUUGCUAUUAACAGAUGCGUCAACGAAGAGACUUUGCACGUGAUUGGUUGUCUCGAACAAGGAAGACGUUUGAAAAUGUUUGUGGUUACAGUAUGUCAAGAAAGAAAUGAUUGUGUUUUUAUUUGCCUGUUUUAAGAAGUGCAAUUAUGUGAUGAGUGUACAGUUUGUGUGGCUGGAAGUGAGAUUUUUCUAUUUUGAAACAAUCUAUUUUUUCUCACCAUGAAGAAAGGUCUGUGACCCAGCAUUUUGUUUCACUUGAAGGUAUGUGUGAUGUAUUUCACUUGCUGAAAUAAAUUUAUAUAUUUGUGCUAAAAAAUGAAAACUCAUGCCUCCUGACCCUUUUGUUAUGGAUGUUUUGGUAGUUUAUGCUCAGUAUUAUGAUCAAGAUAAACCUACCCAGUGUUUUAAAGGAAGUGCUUAAAUGUGUAAAAAUAUUUGAUACACACAUGUAAUAAUGAUUCAGAAAUAAAAGUCAAAAGCAUAA